UGUCUUGUCAUUGUCAGUUGUUUGUUGACAUUUAUAUGGCUUAUUUUGAUUUUUGGACUAUGAACUUUGUUUUGAAGAAAUUAAAUAAUACAAAAUUGUGAAAGUAUUUUCUAAAGAUGUCGCAACCACAUCGUAGAGCAGUUUUAAAUCUUUAUAAAACUCUAUUACAUUUGGGUCGAGAUUGGCCCCAGGGUUACGACCUCUUCCGUACAAGACUUCACAAGGUGUUUUUAAAGAACAGCCAAGAACAAAAUCCCGAAAAGGUUAAAAUCAUGGUGAAACACGGCGAGUUCGUCGUCAAAGAGAUUGAAGCGCUUUAUAAGUUGAAGAAAUAUAGGGCAAUGAAAAAACGGUACUAUGAUGAAAACUAACAUGGUAAGUCAUAGUUUUUAGAAAAUUGACAAAA